AUGUCGAUGCCUCCUCCGCCUGUGCCUGGCUCUUCGAAGCAAACCUCCCGAUCGGGAAGCAUGUCCAUGCCUCCUCCACCCGUCCCUGACGCCUCGAAGUCGAGCAAGAACGAGAUAUCCGAAGGAACAAGCUCGUCAAUGUCUACUCCAGCAGUUCCCGGCUCGUCCAAGACCAAGAAGAAGAAGAACAAGAGCAAGAAAAAGGCUCCCAAUCCCCAGCCAGCAGCAGAAGACACUGUCGAGCACGAGUUCUACGCUUCUCCAAUUCAAGAACUCGGCUUCGACACCACCCAAAUGAGCUCGACACAAUUCCGCAACACCGCGCGCCAAACUAAACCGGCUUCCCCUCCCACCUCCCUCCCCAUGGUCCACUAUGCGACUCUCUUCGACUCGAAACGCCUCGAUGGCCAUACAGUCCGCUCCGCGCACUCCUCCGAGCGCUUCAUCGGUGGAAGCCCAACCAAUGCCGCAGCUUACGAGGCAGGCGGCUAUACUCUUCGCCUCUACUUCCCCGCCACGGAAACUUCCCCCGCGCAUUUUGCGGAUUGCAUGGUUUGCGACCCGGACUUUUGUCGGGAUGAGAGGUGUCGAGCGGGUAUGCCUGCUCGGGUGAGACCUUCUAUCGGAGUUGUACAAAAGACACCUAGCGUGUUGCCUUUUGUACAUUGGGGCGAUUGUAGCGAGAAUGAGAAAGGGGAGAUUGGGUUCUACCCGGGAGUUGUCAGUGACUAUUCGAAGGGAUUGAUUGUACCCGGCGAGACGCGGGAGAUGGAGAUGGAGUUCCACAAUGGGUUUGAGAAGAUGAUGUUGAUGACUAGGGUUUGCAUGGAGGAUUGUUUCAUCUGCGAGUUCUGGGGGGAAAAGGCGAAGAAGGCGGUGGCUAUGUUGGACGCGAAGGACAAGAAGAAGGCGGAGAAAGCGCAGAGGAAGACGAGCGUGGAGAAGGCAAUGGGCGAGAUGAGUAUGGCGGGCAGCGGCGGAAAGGUUGCGGACAAGGGACAGGGUUGA